AUGCGCCGUCAAUCCUCGACUCGUGCCAAAUUUGGCGCGAGCGAUCCAAACCGCCCUACCAUAUCUGGUUACGCCGGCACUCCCCCACCCUCUCUUACUCCAGGGAUCGCAGGAGACAGAAACAAGCUUGCUCCAGAAGUGCCAGGAAAGGAAGAGGUGAACGACGAUGACGAUGGCUUGUUCCAGAAGUCUCCGCCCAAACCUACCGCACCUGCAGUACCUAUAGGUGAUGAAGGAAUCGCCCAGUCUACAUACCAACAGUAUUAUCCACCUCCAGCAGCUGCCACACUUCAACCUCCCACCGCUGGAGUGAAUCGGCUAAGCUCGACUGCAUCUACGUCCACAACACGCGCACAGAGAGGAUCUCCACCACCACCAGAGACACCUGUGAUUGGAAAGCCAACAGGAGGCUUUGAAUAUCCCUAUGCUCAAAACGCCGCGGCCUCUCGUGCCAAUCAGUAUGCCAAUCCUGUUGCUCGUCCUUCGACCAUGUCACCAUCACAACAACCGAUAGAAGUCCCUCGGCCUUGGACUCCAACUGAACAACCCGGUAGCUACCCACAUGGGCCUCCAGUCGCCUUCCAGGGGGGUACUGAAAUCACUCAACCUGCUCAGUAUUUGCAAUCGCCCCAGAACAACCACCCUGGUUCACGCUUAUCUUUCUCACCUCAAACGCAUCCUUUGGAGCAGGAUAUGCAGCGGCUGCAGGUGGCAGACGAGCCACCACCAGCAUACUCGAGCGUAUCUCAGCAGAGAUUGUUCUCUGGUGCGACUUCUCAAGGGUUCACGAAUGAGAAACGUCUGAGUAAUGCUUCCGUGCCUAGCUCUACUUCUUCGCAAGACCCAAACCUUCGUAGACACCCUGCUUUUGCCAACGAUGCAGGUCAGCCUAUUGUGCAACAGACCGUCCAGCAGCCUGUCGCGUCCACUCAGCCUGCAACUCUGGCACCUAUUCAGGUCAUAUCACCAAGCCCAGGACCAAGCAUAACACCAGCAUCUCCUCCACCUCUUCCUGAAGGAUGGAUCGCUCACUUAGACCCGAACUCGGGUCAAUAUUACUACAUCCAUCUACCAACCCAAUCGACACAGUGGGAGUUCCCUAAAGGUCCAACUCCAUUGAGUCUCCAGGAACCGCUUUCGCCGACUGGUACGUAUGCCAACUCAGUGGCCUCUCCGGCUCUGGGAGGGUUCUCGCAGCCUUUGGCAUCUCCAGGUUUCGCUCCACAGAACGCUGGUUAUCACCGCGAUAGUAUGUUGAGCAUGAACAAUCUCGCAAGCCCUACAAUGGCUGGCUUUACUGGACCGCCUCCAUCCGCGGGUGUGGACAUGUACAAGGUCGCACCUACGAAUGGCGUCUACUUCGGCCCGUACUUGCGCUACACCAACAUAGAUCUCGAAAGAGGUCUCUGGCUUGGCUCCAUUCUCUUGAUCACAGAUGUACCUCAACCCCCAACCAUCCAUAUUCACCAAAGCACCGACUUGUCUCCUAAUCCUCGUCAACUGAAGGCUAACCCAAUCUACCAACACCAACGUUGGACGUUCUAUCGCUAUGAUAUCGAUCUGAUCAUGGAAGAGCAAGACACUAAGUGGACUUACGCAAUCACAUCGCACCUUGGUUGUACCAGAUACGAAUUUCUUGUCGCUGGACGCUAUGAGACGAGCUGGCGUUUCAUUUCUCAUUCUGGUAAUGACUUUGCACUGAACGUAAGUGCCAACGAAAGAGCUAAGCUCGGAGGCAUUGGCCUUAUGUGGAAAGACGUUUUGCAGAAGCAUGUCGAGUGUGGUGGUUUUCAUGCCCAGCUCGGCCUUGGUGGUCAGAUCUUCGGCGAUCGUCUUUGGAAAGAAGUACCCGCUCUCAGACAAUGGACUGCCAUGAGCGGCAAAGAGAACCGCAAGAAUGAACCUUGGACUGCGAAGCUUGAGGACGAUGUGUCGCAUGCUUACUUCCAUUAUUAUUCAAGCCAUUUUGACCAGCCUCAUGUGCGAGAAGCUUUCGCACAGAUACCUCACAUUUUGACGCUUGACGAUAAUGACAUUUUCGAUGGCUAUGGCUCUUACCCCGACUACAUGCAACAGUCCAACAUGUUCAAAAACAUUGGCCGCAUCGGUAUCGACAUGUACCUUCUCUUUCAACAUCACACCACGCAUGAGAUCCUUCGCAACGUUUCAGGUGAUUUGGAUCUGUUUAGCAUCACGGGCAAUGGCUGGCAUUUUGUCAAGUAUCUCGGUCCAGCAGUAGUUGUCGUUGGUCCAGACACUCGCUCCGAAAGAAAUACACAACAUGUCAUGGCUGGCGUUACCUAUCAAGGUCUGUUCCCCAAAGUCGCUACUUUGCCGCCUAGUGUGCAACACUGUAUCUGGAUGAUUCCAGUACCUCUACUCUAUCCUAGACUUGAGACCGCAGAGCAGAUAGCGCAUACCAUGGCGACGGGCAAAAAAGCUGUCACUGGCACGUUUAAUAUGCUAGGUCGAGUGACGAGUUCUGUUGCUGGCGUGGUCGGCGCUAAGGGCGUCGUCGGUGAUGGCUUCAGCUCAAUCAAAAAGGCUGUUGGAAAGUCGGGUCUGAUGAGUAGCGUGCUCAGUCCUUUUGGAGAAAUCGACAUGCUCGAUGAGCUGCGAGACAUGUGGACGCAUGAAUCAAAGGACCUUGAACGCACAUACCUGAUUCGUACUCUGCAAGGCAUUGCACACCAGAAGUCGCUACGCAUGACCUUUUUAUCGGGUAGUGUUAAUGCAUGCGGUGCCGGUCUUGUCCAUGACCCUUCACAUCCUGGAGAUCAUAAGACGAUGUAUCAACUAAUAGCAUCGUCAAUCGUCAAUGCGCCUCCCCCGUCGUACGUUCUCCGCCUACUCAACAGCAACCCCAAACAACCCAUAUACAUACCUCAGAACGCGCAGCGCAGUGCAGGACCACAUCAGCCCGUACAACCGACGGACACAAAAGAAGACAUGAUGGAAAUUUUCGUGGCAGAUGUCAAUGGUGCUCCUCGUGACAUGAAACGUCUCAUGGGACGCAGAAACUACGUUGCCAUGGUCGCUUACGACCCUGAAGUCGUGCGUGGAUCCCAUGGUUCCGUCGUGCCUGGCAGCGAAGGCUCAAGUCGCCUCAGUCUUGCUGCUGAUUUCAUGGUGCAGAACGAGGGCGCGUACGCGGCACCUGUUAAGUACGGUCCUGUCAUCAUCCCUAGCUUGGAAUUUGGUCGGUGA